CGUUGCGCAAACAAGUAAGCACUUUGUGGUGGGGGUUUCCGUAAAAACGUCAUUGGUUUGACAGUUCGUGUAGGUGUUGUUUCGUGUGCUAAGUGUAAUGGUUUUGUAUGAAAAUAGUAAAAUUCUGUGAAAACGUUGAUAUAAACGCUUAUACUUGAUGCGGAUCAUAAUGAAUCAGGAGCCCUUAGGGGUAGCAUCGGACGUGGUGCACCCGACCGAUCUGCCGAGGUGGAGCGAAAUAGCUCCAGCUCAUUAUCUGACUGAUUACAGUGCCAGCGGAGCACCCAAGCACAAUAACUCACCCUUCCCUUACGACUCCGAACUCAAUCACAAAAUUAUCUUAUGGUCUGGUGAUAUUUCCGCACUCCAAGUAGAUGCUAUAGUCAAUUCCACGAACGAAUCGAUGAACGAAAGUAAUCCGGUCAGUGAUAGAAUUUUCCAAAGGGCCGGAUCUGAACUUAAAGAGGAAAUCAAUUUAGAUAUAAGAGAGUGUAGGACGGGAGAAGUCAGAGUCACACAAGGACAUGCACUGCCAGCUCGAUAUAUUAUACACACCGUUGGACCCAAAUAUAAUAUAAAAUACCAAUCUGCUUCGGAAAACACAUUACAUAUAUGUUAUAGAAACGUUCUCCAGAAAUCAAAAGAAAUGGGUCUCCACUCCAUCGCCCUAUGCGUCAUAAACUCCGUGAAAAGAAACUAUCCUCCCGACGAAGGAGCACACAUAGCAUUACGUACGGUGAGGAGAUUCCUCGAGCACCACGGUAGUUCUUUUGAUACCGUCAUCUUCACGGUCGACAAUACAGAUUUAGGUAUUUACGAAGUGCUAUUACCUCUCUAUUUUCCACGAUCUAAAUUCGAGGAGGACGCCGCUCGUUGGCAGCUACCUUCAGACGUCGGAGGACACGACGGAGAGCCCAUGGUGCCGGACAGACAAAUUCGGAUUAUCGACAAUCCACAACACACUCUGCAUGCCGACGAAGAAUCUAUAGAUUUGUCGUCUCAACUGGAAACAUCUAUAAAUGUGGGUGAACAUGCAUUCAGUCAAAUGCAGGGUGAUCUCGACCAACAGCGGCUUCUGGGGGAAAGACCCUAUAAUGAUCCACUCGCCGAUAUUAUGGUCAAGGAAAUACAACACCAGGAACGAUACGAGCGGCUCUUGAGACGUGCCAAAACCGAAGACCUGACGGAGGUCUCCGGCAUUGGCUGUCUGUACCAGAGCGGAGUGGACCGACUAGGUCGGCCAGUGGUGGUAUUCAUCGGAAAAUGGUUUCCUUUCAACAAAAUUAAUUUAGAUAAGGCUUUAUUGUAUCUAAUAACGUUGCUGGAUCCGAUCGUGAAGGGCGACUACGUUAUCGCCUACUUCCAUACGCUUACCUCCAGCAGCAACUAUCCGUCGUUCUCAUGGCUGAGAGAGGUCUAUAAUGUGCUGCCUUACAAGUAUAAGAAGAAUCUUAAGGCUUUCUACAUCGUGCAUCCGACGUUUUGGACGAAGAUGAUGACUUGGUGGUUUACCACGUUUAUGGCACCGGCCAUUAAGCAAAAAGUGCACAGUUUACCCGGAGUGGAGUACCUCUAUGCGGUGAUGUCGCCCGAUCAGUUGGAAAUUCCCGCAUUUAUUACCGAAUAUGAUAUGACUAUAAACGGCCUGAGGUAUUUUCAGCCCGGAGCGCCGACAUAAUCGCCCUCAACGUUAGUGUUCAGUGCCGAACUUAGUAUUCAUUCCCUAAGUGAUAAGUUUGCAAUAUUUGACUAGUGCUAAGUUGUGCUGUGCCAACUGAUAUAUUAGAACAGUCGCUGUUUGCAGCCGACAUUUCAUUUUUCAACUUCGCCUCUAAUCAAUUAUUAAUCAUGAGAACUAACCGAAAUAUAUAGCGUACUUCUAACUGCUUAAUAAAUCGAUCAUUUCAUGGACGACAGUAGUUUAUUUGACGUAUUUUACUUAGUUUUAAGUUGACAUUCCGCUGAAAUUGUUGGUUUAUGCGAAGGUCCUCUGCCAUUGGAACACUUCGGGCAGCUUUGUCUUGCACAAAUUCAAUUCAAAAGACUGGAGUUCAAGGGUGCCAAACUGUUGGAUUGUGUCAGUGGUAGAUUGCCUUUCCAUAUUGUUAAAUUUUAUGUCAUUGUUAAUGUUACAGCAUAUCUUGUAAGACAUGUUUGUUAUUUUAUUGUUUUUGCGUUUGUAGACAAAUGAAAUUCAUGGUUAGAAUACGUUGGGUGCGUUUACGUAAUUUCAUAAUUGUUGUAUCAGUACAUAACUUACUAACUAUAUUUUAAUCUUAUGUAAUAAGGUUCGAGGUACUCAGAGUGCUCAACUGGCGUAAUAGUGACUAAUAUUUAAUAGCAAAAAUAUUAAAUAUCGGUCAGCGAUGAGUGAAGAAUGUUUAUAGCGCCUAAUUUGCAUCUUGUUGAUUUUGAUUGCAAUGAUCGACUUUUCCAAACGUUUGUCAAUGUUGAUGCAUUUAUACCUCUAUAAGAAUUCUCUUGUAUUCUAUCAAGAAUUUUACUAACGUUUUCGAUACUGUUGCUUGAUAACAUAGUCACUAUGUUCCUGACGGGAUACUGUUAAUCACGUUUACACAAAAAUUUUGAAAAUUUCUUUAAUGAUCAACAAAUGAACAUCAAGAGAGCAAUAUGAAGAUAUGAAUCUAAAUUUAUUAUAGUGUUGUAGUUGCAUAUUGUAAUGAUGUUAUUACUUAUAAAUAUUUUACAUGGAAAAAUCCAGCUGCGAGUUGUUGAGUAUUAAUUUUAUAAAUGACAACAAUAUGGAAUAAAUAUUGUACACCUCA